AUGGUCGCCAGGCUCGGCCACCUCAGUGCCCUCAAGGACUUUAUAUCUUUCCUAGCCACAGUCAGUGGUGACAUCUCACAUAUUACCGCUCCGCCCUUUAUCCUAGCACCAUCUUCCCUCACAGAAUUCCCUGCCUAUUGGGCAGAACGACCGACAUUAUUUACUGCCCCUGCACAUGAAUCCUCGGCAGAGAGACGCAUGCUCUUGGUGUUGAAACUGUAUCUUGCUUCCCUCCAAAGGCAGUACUAUGUCGGCCGGACCGUCAAGGAAGGACUCAAGAAGCCUCUUAACCCCUUCCUUGGCGAGCUGUUCUUCUGUGAAUUCAGCGACCACGACUUGACCCAAGAGAAGGCCUCGGCGUCGACGGUCAGAGUCAUCAGCGAGCAGGUAUCGCAUCACCCGCCCACGACGGCAGCGUAUAUUUCAGCAGACGACCAUGGAGUCCACGCCGAGGCAUAUUCGACCCAGCACACCACCCUGUCCGGCACUUCGGUGAUGAUCCGUCAAUCCGGACACGCUCUGUUAAAAGUCGACAAGUAUAACGAGACCUAUCUUCUGCCCUUGCCAGAUGUCUGUGCUCGAAGUGUUCUCACCGGUGUGCCUUGGCCCGAACUCAACGACACGUAUAGAAUCAUCAGUUCCAGUGGAUACACGGCAGAGAUGCGGUUCGUCGGAAAGAAGAUGUGGGGUGGACAGCGCAAUUGUUUCGAAGCAUCAAUAUACCGCACGGCCGACCCGGAGAAAAAGCCCAUCUUCACUGCAUCGGGCAGCUGGAGCUCCAAGUUUUCAAUGUUCAACUCGGAGGGGAAGGAAAUCGACGUGUUCGAUCUUGCCGACCCCAAAAAUCAUCCGGCGCCCAUGGUGGUGAAGCCGUUGGAGGAGCAAUCACCUUGGGAAUCGAGACGGGCAUGGGGUCCAACUUUUGAGGCCAUCAGACGGACGGAUCAUAAUGCAGUCGUGACGGAGAAGUCGCGGCUAGAAAAUGCCCAGCGUCACCUGAGAAAGCUCGAGCAGAAGGAGGGCAAGAAGUGGGAAACCAUGUUCUUCACCCGGUGUGACGCCCCGGCUGACGAGGAUGACAUUGUCGAAAGCCUCUUCAAUCAACUCGACGAGCAUGAAGCUGAUCGGUUACGGGGGACAAAUGGUUGUUGGAGAUUUGACCCAGAGAAAGAGCAGAGGUGGCGAAAUGGACAAGGCAGUUGGAGACCAGCAACACCGUUUGGCUGA